AUUUUUAUCCUUGUUAAUUAUUGUCUUACUAUGAAAACCGGAUGCUCUAAUCUUACUACGACGAGCUUGACGUAGGCUACUGACCCUGGUCCAGUCCUGUCAAACUUCACCGACGCUGGGAUCUCACGUUAGUCCGUUUGCGACUGUCUCUCAGCGAUGGAGAGGAAAGUUGCUCGGGAAUUUAGGCACAAGGUGGAGUUGCUGAUUGAAAAUGAAGCAGAGAAGGAUUACCUGUUUGAUGUCCUCCGCAUGUAUCACCAGUCGAUGGAUUUGCCAGUGCUGGUGGGGGACCUGAAACUGGUCAUCAACGAACCAAAGCGCUUGCCCCUGUUUGACGCCAUCAGACCUCUCAUCCCACUCAAACACCAGGUGGAGUACGACCUGCUCACCCCCAAGAGGUCACGGAAGCUGAAAGAGGUGCGUUUGGAUCGGACACAUCGUGAUGGACUGGGUCUGAGUGUCCGUGGAGGGCUGGAGUUUGGCUCUGGUCUCUACAUAUCACAGAUUGUCAAAGACGGUCAGGCCGGGAAUGUCGGUCUUCAGGUUGGUGAUGAGAUUGUGCGCAUCAAUGGAUACUCCAUCUCCUCCUGCAUCCACGAGGAGGUCAUCAGUCUCAUCAAGACGAAGAAGAUUGUGUCGCUCAAAGUCAGGCAUGUGGGGAUGAUCCCAGUGAAAAGCUCAUCAGAUGAACCCCUCAAGUGGCAGUUUGUUGACCAGUUUGUGUCUGAGUCAGGGGAGAAAAAAAGCAGCAUUGCAGGCUUGGCGUCCAUUGGAGGCAAAGAAAUCAAGGAGAAGAAGGUUUUCCUCAGCCUCGUGGGUACCAAGGGUAUGGGCAUCAGCAUCUCCAGUGGUCCAACCCAGAAACCUGGUAUCUACAUCAGUAACGUCAAGCCAGGCUCCCUUUCCGCAGAAGUUGGACUUGAGGUUGGAGACCAGAUUGUGGAGGUGAACGGGGUGGAAUUCAUCAAUGCAGACCACAAAGAGGCUGUGAGAGUCCUGAAGAGCAGCAGGAGUCUGACUAUUACUGUUCUGACUGGAGCUGGCAGCGAGCUGUUUAUGACAGAUGAGGAGCGUCUGGCAGUGGAGGCCCGCAGGGAGCUGGACAGGCAGGAGCUGAUGCACCAGAAGAGGGUGGCACUGGAGACCAACAAAAUCAUUAAAGAGCAGCAGGAGAAGGAGAGGCAGAGACAGAUGGAGAUCUCUCAGAAAACUACAGAGGAAGAGGAGCGCUAUAAGAAGGAGAUGGAGAAGAUUGAGGCUGUGGAGAAGAAGCACAACAGAGAGUGGCAGGAGGACUGGGGAACCAAAGACAGGCCCAAGAGCCCUAAGAGCCCUCGCACUCAAAAGAGCCGAUCACCUGCCCCACCUGAGAUAAAAACCACCCCGACUACAAAGGCCAAAAGUUCUCCAUUUGGCUGGUUUUAUCGAUAUGAGGGGAAACUGCCGUCUCUCCGCAAGAAAGGAGAAAAGAAGAAGAAAAAGAAGAAAGUGUCCAACACAGACACACUGCAGGAGCAGAGAAAAAACAAGAAGGAGAUGGAGUUUGAGCUGAAACUCGCCAAGGAGAAAGAAGAGAUGUAUGAACGAGAGAAGCAACUGAAGAUCAAUCGGCUGGUUCAGGAGGUUUCAGAGACGGAGAGAGAAGACCUAGAGGAGUCUGAGAAGGUGCAACACUGGGUGGAGCGUCUUUGUCAGACUCGGUUGGAGCAGAUCUCUUGUGUGGAGAACGAAUCCCCAGAGCUCUCCCCGCCACGCUCUCCUGCCUCUGAGCCCAAGGUGAAGCGUUUCCGUGGCGGUCUCCACCUGGCCACCACCGAUCUGGACGACAUUAACCUGGAUGAUGUGGAUCAGAGCCUGAGGGGCCCUCUGAAGAGACUGGCCCCCACCCAGCCCAGCACUAGCCAGCCUCCCCCUCCCUUGCCUCUCCCUCCACCCUCGCCCAAGCUAAACCCUACACUAUCCAGCUACUCCCCUCCUUCCUCUCGAGCAUCCCCACAGCGGCGGCCUCCUUCUCCACCCAGCGCUAGAAAACCUGCCCCGUCUACCUUGACCAACAAGGGGCGCAGGCCUCACCCACAGCCUCACCCUCCCCAACCCCAACCCCCUCGUCCACCUUCCUCCCACUAUCCUCCUCUGUCUCAGUCGUCGUGGCCUCCAUCCUCCCCUCAGCCGGCUCCGCGGCCUCCUCCGCCGCCACCCCCUCCUCCACCACCUCCUCCGCCUCCCCCUCCGCCCCCACCCCCACAACACUCUGAAGAACGAGUAGGAACCCUCAGUGGGUUCCGCCAGCAUUAUCAUCAUCACCUCCAACACCCUCCCAGCCCUCCAGAGCGCAGGAGCGAGUGGGAGUCAGGCGGCUAUCUCCCAAGAGGAGGGAUUUACUCAUCUAACACCAGUGAAAUGUCCUACCCCUCUAGUCCAAAGGUAAUGAGAAAUACCUCCCAUGCCAGUCGUAUUUCCAGCUCAAGCUCUCCAUUGCAACUAGCUCCUAGUCCCCCCAAUCAGAGGCGUCAGAUGGCCCCUGUCAUGUCUAAACCUGUCAUGCUGCCCCAGUCCCAGACCCACCGCCCAGAUCCACACAGACCUGCAGUCCGUUCUGAUGGCCUGCCUCCGGAAAUGCUGAAACGAAUGGUGCCUUUCAACUCGUCUUUUAAAUCAAACAGCAAACGACAAGAAUUUCAGAAAUACGAGGAAGAGUUUGAUCCCAACUCCAUGUUCUCCUCGGACCAGAUAGCUGGGCGAGAUGUGAGACUGCUGAGAAUCAAAAAGUUUGGACAGCUUGACAUUGUUCUGGAGGGAGGGGCAGACUCUCCUUUGGGAAAGUUGGUGGUGUCUUCUGUGUAUGAAGGUGGCGCUGCCGAUAAGCACGGUGGCAUUGUACCCGGGGAUGAACUUAUGGCUGUGAAUGGGAAGAUCCUGAUUGAUGCCACAUUGACUGAAGGACAAAACUCUCUGGCUCGAGCCUGGAAUAGCGGAGGGGACUGGAUCGAUGUUGUGAUUGCCGUUUCCCCUCCGAAAGAAUAUGAAGAUGAAGUAACGUUCUUCUAGUCUCAUCAACAGCCUGCCAAGAAAACCAGACUGAUUUAAAAAGAAGCUUUUCAUUGUUCCUUCAGAAUUUACCUUCUUCUUAAUCACAAUAAAAUAAUUCUGUUUCCUCUUAAUCUCCACAAAACAAAACAAAAAACAAGCCGAAGAUGGUCUUUUGUUUUUACGUAGCAUUACUAUAGGCUCUCUGAGAAUUAAGCCUUGUGUCAUUGUGUCAAGAUAUUGACACCAUGCAGUCAAUAAGCACUCUCACUAUCUUGGUUUGUUUUAGGAGGAUCCAGUCAAUAUUCAUGUAUCUCCAGUGAUCUUCUUAACCUCUGUCAAGCCUGGACAUGGUUGACUAACAGAUCUUUCCCUUCAGACAUGUCUCAUCUGUCAGUAUAACAAUAAAGGGUGUUAAAACAGCCAAACUUUAAUCAAUAGCAGCUCUAAUCUGCAUUUUCUAAUUCCAAUAAAGGACUGCUCACACUAACAGAAUGUUGUGCAAAUUUUGCAGAUUUCCUGCUUCCUCUGCUUUGCUUUUUUCAACAUUACAUCACCAGGCUGGUGAUGCAGCACACUAUCAGCACAACGUAUCAUUUUCAGAAGAAAUAAAAAAGAUUAGCUUCAGAUUUGUGUGCUUUUUAUAGGUGCUUAUUUACUCUGGUAUCAGUUUGGCAGCCAGUCCCUGCCAUCUUACCAUGUAGAAAUGACUUCAUGUCCACAACUGACACAAUGUAAAACUUCUUUACACUUUGUUUUAAAGGUGGAUAAACAAUAUUCCCUUUGGGGCUUGAGGUAAGCAAAGUCGCUCUGCUGCAUCAGGUCCUUGGUUGUGGUUUUCUUCACCUUCUCUGCUGUUUUCACCAGUUCUGCAUAGAUUUACUUCAAGCAUUGGAAGCCAUACUGUUUUAUAAUUAAAUGUCCACAGGGGGCAAUAGUGCUCCUUCUUGAAUAUCAAGCUACACAAUGAACGAGAGAUCCCCUGCUGUGUUCAAAAUUCUGCUUUUAAUAAACAUGAAUGUCAUUA